AUGGCAACCAAUAAUUUUGAGAUCAAGCAAGGGCUACUUCAGACCAUUCAGAACAAUUGUGUCUUUCGAGGCAAACUCAACGAAGAUCCAAAUACUCAUUUGAUGAAUUUUGAUGAGAUUAUCAAUACCUUCCAGCACAACGGGGUAUCGAAAGAUACUAUCUACUUAAGGAAAUUUCCUUUUUUACUGAGGGAAGAUGCUAAGCACUGGUUGCGGAGUUUGCCGACUGGGUCAAUUCAAAGUUGGGAAGACAUGACAAAGAAGUUCCUCGAAAAAUAUUUGUCAGCUGCAAAAAUAGGGAAAUUUUGUAAAGAGAUCCAUAACUUCAAGCAGGAAGAUACAGAAACGGAGGACGAUAAACAAUGCAGUUGGAGGCCCUCUUAUGAAGAAAACUCUUGGGAAGAUUGUUGCAAUUCUAACAAAUUAUCUGAAGAUACAAAUCAAUGGCAUGCAGAUGAUAACGAGAGAAGGAAAAAGAUUGGGAUACAUCAAGUGGAUUCUAACACAUCAAUGCAAGUCCAGCCAGACACCAUGGCCAUUGAGAUAUGA